CCGUCAAACACGUGCGGUUUUCAACGACAAAUUUUCCUUAUUCUCAGUGGUUUUUUUCCAUUUAUUGCGGAAAAAAAUGGCGAUCAGCUUAUUAAAUCCUAAAGCCGAAGUGGCGCGAGCCGCCCAGGCCCUCGCGGUCAACAUUUCCGCCGCCAAGGGUAUCCAGGACGUGAUGAAAAGCAACUUGGGUCCCAAGGGAACCAUGAAAAUGUUGGUCUCUGGUGCGGGAGACAUCAAAAUCACCAAAGACGGUAACGUUUUGUUGCACGAAAUGCAAAUUCAACAUCCCACUGCUUCUUUGAUUGCCAGGGCAUCUACUGCCCAAGAUGAUAUGACAGGUGAUGGAACAACAUCAACAGUCCUCCUAAUUGGAGAGUUGCUAAAGCAAGCCGAUAUCUAUGUAGCCGAAGGCUUACACCCUCGCCUAUUGACUGAAGGCUUUGACAAAGCCAAAACUAAGGCUCUAGAAAUCCUGGACAAAAUUAAAAUCCCUAUUGAGAUUAACAAGGAGAAUCUUUUAGAUGUUUGCAGGACCAGUUUGAGAACUAAGGUUCAUAAAGCCCUUGCAGAUGUUUUAACUGAGGUUUGCGUUGAGGCAGUUUUAACCGUUAGACCUAAAGAUAACAAACCGGUGGACUUGCACAUGAUCGAACUUAUGCAAAUGCAACACAAAACUGAGGUUGAUACCCAGUUAGUCAAAGGUUUGGUUCUGGAUCAUGGUUCACGCCAUCCAGACAUGCCGAAACGCCUGGAAAACUGUUACAUUUUAACGUGCAACGUCAGUUUGGAGUACGAAAAAAGCGAAGUGAACUCCGGUUUCUUCUAUAAAACCGCCGAGGAAAGGGACAAGAUGGUGUUGGCCGAAAGGGAAUUCAUCGAUCAAAGAGUGAAAAAAGUCAUCGAAUUAAAGAGGAAAGUGUGUGCGGGCACCAAUAAGUCGUUCGUGAUAAUUAACCAAAAAGGUAUCGACCCGAUGAGCUUGGACCAGUUAGCUAAAGAAGGAAUCAUCGGAUUAAGGAGAGCCAAAAGGCGUAACAUGGAAAGGCUCGCCUUGGCGUGCGGAGGAGUCGCCAUGAAUACUUUCGAUGAUUUGUCAGAGUCCUGUUUGGGUUAUGCCGGUGUUGUUUACGAACACGUUUUAGGAGAGAAUAAAUACACUUUUGUGGAAGGAUGCAAGAAUCCCCAAUCGGUUACCAUCUUAAUGAAGGGCCCCAACAAGCAUUCUUUGCAACAAAUCAAAGAUGCCAUCAGGGACGGACUUAGGGCUAUCAAUAAUGCUAUCGAAGAUAAAGCGGUAAUUCCAGGUGCCGGAGCUUUCGAAAUUGCCGCCAACAAAGAACUAUUGGCGUGGAAGGACAGCGUCAAGGGCAAACAGAGACUGGGGGUGUUGGCCUAUGCCGAAGCGCUCUUGGUCAUUCCGAAAAUUCUGGCGGUGAAUUCCGGUUUUGAUGUGCAGGAAACGAUCGUAAAGUUGCAAGAGGAGAGUCAAAUCAGUCCGGAACCGAUCGGUUUAGAUUUGGCGUCCGGGGAGCCGAUUAUACCGAAAGACGCCGGAAUUUUCGACAAUUACAUCGUUAAGAAGCAAAUUAUUAAUUCGUGUUCGGUUAUAGCGAGUAAUUUGCUGUUGGUCGACGAGAUUAUGAGGGCCGGCAUGAGCAGCCUCAAGGGCUAAUUUUAGGACUUCUGCGGUAUUAUUUUUAUGUAUUUUAAUCAGGCAUUUAAUUUAGUGUUUAGUUUUUAACUCUUUUGUGCUUUUUUUGCUAAUAAAUUCAUUAAUCCAGCAGUA